AUGAAAUUGUUGGUGAAAGAAACGAGUGUGGUGGCCACCACCCACCAUAUAAACAGCAAGUACGAACAAGGAACAAAUCUUUUCGAAGGGGGACGUGAUAUUACCAAUAGAACAAAUAUAAUUUUGAGGCGCCUAAUAUCAAAUAAUUUGGCAGUUAGGUACAAUUAUUUUGGAACUAGACAAGAGAAGAAGGCAUUCAAAGCUUCAUUUCUCAACAAGGUUGUAAUAAGGGCUGUUCUUUCUGGCACCAAAGCUACCAAACAAGAUGUGUGAAGGAGAUGCCAUUUUGAUAAAUGUCAGACAUUUAGAGCAAGAUUUUUACAAUAGUGGUUAUAUUGAACAAGAUCUAUGCAUCACCUAUAUGCGAGGUAGAUUCUUCACAACUGUGCGGCUCUAAGGACCCAAGAAUACAUCAAUGCUUAAUCUGAUGCUCACAAAACGAUUGUUUCAUUCACUAAGAUCAUAUUUAAGUAGAAAGCUAAUAUGC